AUGAAGUCCACGCUUUCGUGGCGGCGACGGCUCAUUCUUGGCAUGAGCAUCGAGGACGCACGGAGCAAAUUCGACAGCCCGGAGUCGCGCGUGGCGUUGCGUCUGGCGCACGAGCGGCACAACCAGGGGCUCUACCACGAGCUCACCCUCGCUCAGCGUCGCCGCAACCGGCUUCCACCGGAGCGGCGCUGCCACCUUGUGCGCCACACGAAGCCAACUGUAAAGGGCUUUCAGUCGUACAUUAAGUCAUGCCCGGAGGACUACGUGGUGCAGGAGAUUUGGCGCGACGAUGACGAAAACGAGGCGGAGAGACCCAAACUGGAGACUACAAACGCGGCAAUUCAAAACUUCGAGGCGGUGCUUUCUUCGCACGAUGAGGGUUCCCUCACACAGGAGAGCCGAGAUGUAGAUUUAGAAGGAGGAACGACAGCAGCUGCAGCAACCACCACCGCGCCUCCGGAGAGGGGAGGGGCCGCGUGGACGAACACGACAUGCCUGACACCACCGUCCUUACCGAGUCAUGUGGGGAGUCAAAUCACUGCGGAUUUCAACACGUACGAGCACCACCGCACUAUAGUGCUGCAGGAACUUGGGCGGGUUGCAAACACGCUUGGGAGCGACGCACGGCAGCAGCUUAUGGAGAGGCGAGAAAGUGGGACUUUAUUGGCCAUUCGUCAAAGCUCUGUUGUGGAUCGUCUGGUGGAUAACGUGAAGGAGGCAAAGGAAAAGGGUUACACAAGCCUCUCCUCCUCCUCGCACCUGUUAGAGACGAUCAAUCUCUCCAUAAAUUUGUGCAGUAAAAAAGAUAAACAGCUUCUUGAGGCCUUCCGCAGCCCAUUUAUAUUUUUUCCAGCAGAAGAGCACCAUAUCUCAAUUUCACUCUGGGUUGCUGGCAACUUGAUAGAGCAAGAGGAACUUGGCACGGAUUUCCCGUACCACAUUGCGAAGCAUGUGGAACCAGAGUUAGGGAACGAUGGUGCCUUGCCGCCGACAAUAAACCGCCUUCCGAAGGUAAACAUAGAAGUUUAUUUUUCCCCCGAACUUUACAAACUGCAGCAAACACUUGGAAUGGACGGCAUACUUGCACUGCGGCGUUUUAUUGGUCGCGCGAUGAAGCGUCAACAUGAUCCAUUGCCCACAACCACCUCUAUUGUUCUUAAUAUGAGCCGCGAGCAACAGGAAUCGUGUGGCCUUUGUAGGGGGGAGUUAACGCAGAUUCCGUGGCUGCAUCUCAUUAAGGCAAAGGUGUCAACUGUUACAGGGACAGUUUUGGAGAUGUCCUCUGACGAAGCACCGACACUCGCAGCAAUGCGGGAGGCCAUUCAACUUGUGUGGCGCGUAUGGGGUCAUUUGGUCAAGGACCUUCGCGUGCACGGCGACCUUGAUUACCUGUAUCUCUCCGUCUGGCCGCAGAUGGGGAUGCCCGUUGAAACGAGGCAGAGCAGCAUGACCUGCGAGGAGCGCUCCAAGAACGCCCUGGAGAAGAUUGCUCAUCCACACAAGAUCAUAAAACAAGGUGAGCAGGAGCAACAACUGUCAUCAGUGGCGUUUAUUCGCUGCAUGGAAGAUGCGGUGGAGGGACUCAUGGGGGGUGACAGUUCCAUAUGGAGGGGGUUUAACCCGCGUAAAUCGCACUUGAAAAGUGUCAUUGUUCCGACAGACUUUGUAGUGGUGGAAUGCACGCUGGAGAAAAAGGGCUUGCCACAGCGCCUAGUGGUGAAGGACGUCGUGGAAAGCCUCACAGAGCUUCAGCGGCAGGCGAUGGAGAUGCAGCGGAUUGCGAUUGCUCAAAUAAGUAGCGAUGAGGAGGGUACUGAGCUGCAGACUGACGCGGGUAGUGGUGGGGUGCGGCCCGUAUUGUAUGCGCCAAACGUCGUCGUCUCGCACGCGGGUGUCAUUGACGCGGCGGCGCACAGCUUUCAGCGUAUUCGUAUUCGCGGUAGUUGCAUUGCCCACGUUGAGGCGCUUGCACGCGCCCUUGAAACAGGGGCGCAUUUUACAGACUGCGACGGGGCAAGCCCAAUGUACGGCAAGAACUCCAACUCCUUUCCUGCAACUGCUGCAGGUACUGGGAAGCAGGGUGGGGACGCAUCCCUGCUGCUCCCGCCGAAUCUUUCCUUUUCACCCACUCAUCAUGGUAACCCUGCGCACUCGCUGGAUCGUCAGCUGCUAGGGCAUCGUGUGCCGUCCAGUUACACGGUUCAGCGUACUGCGAAUGGUCGCUUUCACCGCUACCAAACCCUCCGCCCGCUGCAAGGCAUGGUUGUGGACAAGGACGAGCGUGAGUUUUGGGGGACCCACUACUACCGUUUGUCCGACAUUCGGUUGGUCUUUCACGACCGCGUGGGCCCUGUCGACGUUGCGAACCCGAAGGGCUGGUCUUCCCCUCUGAAGGAGCGACUUCUCGCAAUUAGUCAGUCACGCAACAAUAAACAAACCUCACACGAGGAAAGUGAGGCUAUGGGGAUGGCAGGCAGCGAUUCCGUGGAAUGCACAGAGGACAUCGCCACCCGAGGCAAAAAGGCGCGAAAAAAGAAAGUCAAAACAAAACGAACGGCUUCCCUGACGCUUGAAGAAAUUGUUGCAACACUGAGUCCAGAGAAGUUGUUUGAGCUUCUUUGCCUGGACAUGGAGGUGGAAAGCGCUUCCUACGACUUUCGUGUCGGCGACAAUGACGGCUACGCCUACCGUGUCAAGUUGCGACGUAUUCCACAGAAUCACAUCCCGCUUGUGCAGCCUGCCAUGCGAUCACUGGAGGAAAAGGGUUUUAUUAACUACUUUGGCCCGCAGCGUUUUGCCUCGUACACGAAGCAAAACAUGCACCCGGGGCUGCAUCUUCUUAAGGGGGAGUUUCGUGCUGCCGCAAGUGUUAUCGUGCAGCAGUUUUACAUGGAUUCUGAUCUCGCAGCCGAGAAGCGACGCACCGGCGCGGAGUGCGUUAAGAUGUACCACUCAAAGGCGAUGGGAGUUCGACUUCCGGAUCCCAUGAAGUUAGACGCGGCCCGGCGCUCCAUCGCAGAGCACGGGACUGCGCUGCAAUCGAUUCUUGACAACGCUCUACAAGCGACUGCACUUCUGGGCGAUGACGAGGAAAAGAGCUCUUUGAUUGACCCCUGCGAGGAGGCCUUUUUGCGUGUGGUUGGCCCCACCACAUCGCUGAUGCUGGUGCAUGAGUUCCUGGCAUUUGUCUGGAAUGACAUUGUUAACCAACGUCUUCAGCGAUACGGGACGUUUGCCAUUCUUCCAGGAGAUCUUGUGCGUCGAAACCCGCUUGCUUCACCGCAUUCGAAGGAGUACAAAAACGUCGUCUUUGCCUCCAGGAGUGGCAUAGACAAGGGUAAGUACACUUUUGCAGAUGUGGUGUUGCCUCUUCCUGGUGUGGGAAUUCAGCUGCCGGAGAACCACACCACGGAUCUAUACAUUGUUGCCCUGCAGCGAAUGGGCAUUUUGUUUAACCCGGAAACUAAGCAAUGGGACAUUUUUCGUCCCCGGCGUAGCUUUGCUGACGAGGGUGCAACUCAGCGUGCGGCGGGGAUGUCAUCGCCGUACCAUCGCUUCUCAUCCGCCUUUGCGCUGAUGGAGGAGGAGCUGGGCAAUAGCACGACCAUUGUCGAGCCCAUCGAUGGUCGUGACACUGACCCCAUCGAAAAGGUGGGUUUAGCGGCCGUAGGAGCAACAUCAGCGGCUUCAAUGGAUGCCAGUCAACUGAGGAGAGACUUGUGCCAAGGAGAAGUACCUGGCAAUCCACUAGGCGUGAGUGUAUUUGGUUCUUACCGCCAUUUAUUAAUCAAUCCGUCACCAACGCUGCGGUGGAGAAUGCAGCUGGACUGCUCUGGUGGCCCGCAACAGCGUUGGGCGCUCGGAGUGCGGCAGGCCUUUGCACAAACUCAUAGAGACGUACUUUUGGCUACCGAAGGCAACGUUUGUAACUCCCACCAACAACCACAGCAGCAGCAGCAGCAACUAUCACAACAAUUGUUUCUUGGCCACAAUCUUUUGGGUGAAAGGGGUAGAUAUGGUAACAUGCGACGUGGGCGUGGUGUACCCCCUGCGCCGUAUUGGCUUUCCAAAAAGGGUGAGGGCAGCCUUGAGUUGUCAUUUGAGCUUCCAUCUAGCGUCUACCCGAGCAUGCUGUUGCGUGAACUCACAAAGAGCGAUGUUAACAGCCCAGAAACGGUAGAUCUCGAUCGGCCAUUAAUUGAAAAUAGGGCCAAGUCAUGGCAGGAUCUUAGGGAAGAUCAACAAGCAACGUAUAAAAGGCACCUGGCGAAGAAGCGGCAGAAAUUAUUUACGAACCGACCACGGGCCAUCAAUGUGGCGCUGCUGCAUCAACACAUCUUUCGUAGUGGUGGGAUGCGCCGUAGCCUUUUGCCAUCUAUGCGCGGUUAUGAUAAUGUUUCCAAGUAA